AUGAAUGACAAGAUGUUCUGCAUUUUGGCGGGCAUCUUCUCCAUCCUCAACACCAUCCAGUUCCUCAUCUUUGACUUGAAUGAGGUUGUGUUCUUUGGCUACGAGGACAGGUACAAUAUCUACGUGGACAUAAAGUCUGGUUUAGCUCCUUGGCUCUUGACUGACAAAAAGCCCAUCAGCAUCAGCCUGUCCGCUAUCACCAUCAGCCUCAGCAUCCUGCUCCUCUACUGUGUCCAUGAGAACAAGUACGUGGGGCUGCUGUGCUAUGCCUUGUGGAUCGUCAUCUAUGAGGUCACCAGCUUCUGCAUGGUCCUGCUCAUCAAUGCAAUGAUGAAAGAGCAGUUCAAGGAGCUGGGUUACCUGCACUUGAUCUUCCAACUCUCCCGUAUGUUCCUGCACUUCUUCUGUCUGCCCUUUAUCAUCAAGUAUAUGUACACGAUUUAUAAGGACCCCAAGACUUUAAGCAAGAUAAGCCGCCGCCGACACUCAUCCAUCAGUACAAUCGACUCGUGGCCGCAAGCGGCCCUUGGAGGCCCCGAGAGCCUGUCCCCGGGGGAGGCGGCUGGCCGCCGGCUGGGCCGCCUCCUGACUGUCCAGACAGCUUCCACGUGUGCAGGCCGCUUGUGA